AUGGCGCGUGGUCAGCAGAAACUUCAGUCUCAGCAGCGCAAUCUGAAGAAACAAAGCGAGCUCAAGAAGGCGCAGAGUCACAACCAGAAGGCAGCGGCGCAAAAGGCUCUCGUCUAUUCGUGCCCGGUGUGCAAGACGCAGAUGCCAGAUAUAAAAACUUACCAACAGCACUUUGAGAACAAGCAUCCAAAAGCACCACUUCCUCCUGAAUUGAACGAGGCGUCGCAGUCAUGA